AUGGUGUCCAAAAUCCUUUCUUCAGUUACCGCGGUCCUGGCCGUUGCCCAGGCCGCUUCCGCUGCUUGCACAAACCCUAUUCAGCGGAAGGCAUGGACUGCGCUCACGGAUGCCGAAAAGGCCGACUUCCUCCAGGCCGAAGUUUGCCUGAUGGAGACUCCCUCCAAGACUGGCUUCGCCGGCGCCAGGACCCGGUGGGAUGAGCUGCAAGCUAUGCACGUGGCCCAAGUGCAAUUCAUCCACGUCGUCGGAUCCUUCCUGCCGUGGCACCGCUACUUCAUGUCGGUCCAUGAGAAGCUGCUCCGCGAUGAGUGUGGCUACACUGGCGUCCUGCCCUACUGGGACCAGCAGGCCGAUCUUGCCGCGGCCCCGCUCAACAAAUCGUCCAUCUUUGACCCCGAGACCGGCUUCGGCAGCAUCAACAUGGACGCCAACGAAUGCGUGACCGAUGGCCCCUUUGUCAACAUCACCAACAACCUGAACGUGGACCUGUCGCGCAAGGCCACCCCGCAGUGCCUGACCCGCAAGCUCUCCCAGACGCAGUUCAACAUGGUGUCGCAGUCCCAGGUUGACCUCUGCAUGACCUACACCACCUAUGUCGACUUCAACAACUGCCUGGGCAACGCCGUGCACACCUCGGGCCACUACGCCGUCGGUGGCAUCAUGGACGACGUCUCGCUCUCGCCCGCCGACCCCCUCUUCUUCAUGCACCACACCAACCUCGACCGUCUGUUCUGGGAGUGGCAGUCCAAGGACCUGGCCAAGCGUCUGACCGACAUGGGCGGCAACAACGUCGCCACCGCCUCCAUCCUGGUCAACGCUCAGCCCCCUUCGCUGCCCGUCAGCGCCUUCUUCCCCUACUUUGGCGACAACGGCAGCAACGUCACCACCCUGAACCACUCUCUCUGGUCCGCAGGCACCCUGCCCAACGUCACCAUCGGUGAGGUCAUGGACAUCAAGGGUGACUUUGUCUGCGCCGAGUACAUUCACUAA